GGCCAGGCAUAGACCAGCAGAAUAGGAUCAGACCAGCCAUCAUGUCGACUCCAGAAUGGCUCCUUGGGAUUGCUGUUUCUACCAGAGUCACGAUUGUUGUCUUCCAGAUGAAACAUCAUGAAUGCGGCUAUGUGGCAGAGUAGAAUCGUUUAUAUUUAAUUGACGAUGCGCUCCCACACCCUUCUACCUAUCUAGUAUCUACAGAUCUAGGCCUUAUCAGUCUGAUCGAGAAGAACCGACAGUUUUCAAAAUCUGGAGGAGGGACAAGACAAAUCAGAUACACCUCGUUGACCGCAUUGAGCGCGGGGGAAUCCAGAUAAUUCAGAGACCUGCCCAAACCACCAUGGACAAGCCUCGCGAAAGUCUGAUCGCAAGUGAGAGUACUCCAAGUACUCGGCUCUCGCGGAAAAAGAAGAGAAGCAGUAUGGACGGCGUCAGCUGGUCCCGUUCAGGUUGUCUUACAUGCAAGAAGCGAAGGAAACGGUGCGACGAAGCCAAACCUAGCUGCGGAAAUUGUUCCAGGUUAGGACGAGUAUGCGAGGGCUACGGUUCAGUGUGGACUGAACCGCUCGGUCCCAUGGCGCCGGUUUUUCAGCAGUCGUCCAGGUCGAAACGUCGCAGACUCAGUUCGUCGUCAUCGGAAGCCAAGAGCUCUAUUGCUUGUUCGGAUGUGUUUUCGUCAUGUUCGCCCUCUUCCUUGCAGCCAGCGUCAACGCCAAAUACCUCGGCUUGUUCCUCCCCCUACUCCACAUUAUCAUCAUCUUCUCUGAAGCAUCAUGAUCCCUGCAGUCCUAAUACAGGUUUGGUCUGCGUCUGUGACAGUAAUACUCCGAGAAGCCCAGGCCAUGAACGUGAAAAUCAGGGGGUAGUCAUCUCAUCCUCAACUGGCGAUAAUAUACAUGCAGCUUCUCUCGGUAUUACCAAAUGCUUCAGCCACCUAUCGACACGCGAAACAUACUACCUCCAGUACCACGUAGAACAGGGCUCCAAGCUACUAGCUAAUCUGGAAAAUGAUGAGAAUCCGCUACGAUCCUUGCUUAUCCCCAGAGCGUUGUCUUCGCCUCUUGUCCUGAAUGCCGUGUGCGCGGUCUCCGCGAUACAUCUCUCAAAUCGUCUUCACGACAGCGGCAUGGGGCCGACCCACGCAACCGCAACAAACUAUUACGUCCAAGCACUCCACGGGCUGCGAACUGCUAUUUCAAGUUAUUCCACAGGGACAGGUCUCUUCCCUGAAGAGCCGAUCCUGACGAUCGCUCUCCUGUGCAAGUAUGAGAUCGUGCGUGGAAGCGUCAAGCAAUGGGCGAGUCACUUGGACGCUUUGCAGAAAAUAAUUAUGUCGUGUGGGGGAUUUGGUGCCCUUAAUCGCGACACGGCAGAGUAUCUAAGAGGGCUAAUGGUUUAUUGCGGACACAUGGCCAAGAUCACCAAUCGAGGUAACAAGGACACUGCAAAAGAUGCAUUGAUUUACGACCCUGGUAUUCUUAAUAUACCCACAAAACUAGAUAUCUAUGUAGGAUACACCGAGGAGAUACUCAAGAUAUUUGCCAGAAUAGCCGAUCUAUACUCACUGGAAAGUGAUCUGGAAGCAUUGGAUCUGGAAAUAUUCUCAAUGUGAGUUCCCUUCACCUCAUAUAGAGAGAGAGCUGACUCCAGCAAUCUCAGAAACGAAUCCCUCCGAAUAUGGACACACACAGCAAAGGAAUACAUUAUCCCCAAAGGCAUGACCCAAUCCAAUCUCUCACGCCUGAAAAUGGUAGCCGAC